AUGCUCCGCCUGCGUCAUCCCAGCACUCUCUACUGGAAGAAGCACCAGGUAACUCCUGCCGCUUAUAUUGCAGCUGUGGUAGACAACCGAUGUAGGAAACCACCGAUGUUGUCGGCGUUCACUGCAGAGCCCAUCGUCGAGCUCAAGCAACGCGACAAGUCGAAGAUCGAGUCGAUCCUGGCCCAUGGAGACCAUCUACUGGUCGGUCUAAAUACGGGCGCUCUUCGCGUGUAUAGAGUCAACCCUGGCCCUGAGCAAAACGAAGAUGGUGUGGACGAUCAUGAUGAGGUCUCACAGACAAAGAACAAGCCGACCGAGCUUCUUGCUGAGCACGAGAAGUUCUCGAAAUACAAGAUCGAACAGCUAGCAAUCUUCAAAGAAGCCAACAUCCUUAUAUCCUUGAGUGGUGGCUUGAUCUCUAUACACGACUUGGGCACUUACAAACUUCAAGAGCAACUCAGCAAGACCAAAGGCACUACCAUCUUCGCUGCCACAAGCAACAUCGUCCAGGACGCAACCACCAGAGUUCCAACUCUUGUUAGCAGAUUGGCUGUUGCUGUUCGCAGACGGAUCCUCCUCUGGUCGUGGCACGAUGGAGAACUCGCUGGCGAUGCAGACGAAUUCACCCUUGCUAACAGCGCGAAGUCCUUGACCUGGGCUAUGGGGACGAAGCUCUUGGUCGGUCUGAAUCAGAACUAUGUCAUGCUGGACAUAGAGUCUCGGGAGCAGAAGACCAUUGUCGGCCCUGGAAGCAUAGGCGGACAACCGGGCUCUGAGAGAGGAACAGGAACACUGAGCUACAUUGGGAUGGGUAGCAUGAUGCCGGCACCACUCGCUACAGGUCUUGGUCCCAACGAAAUGCUACUGGCCAAGGACGUCAAUACACAUUUUGUCGAUCGAAAUGGUGAGCCUAUUGGUCGCAGGCAGAUACCGUGGCGAGGCACUCCGAAAGCAGUCGGAUACUCCUACCCAUUUCUGCUAGCUCUACAGGAGUCGGCUAAACAGGGUGUGCUGGAAGUGCGAAACCCCAACACACUCACUCUGUUGCAGUCUAUUGAGCUGCCCAACGCAGGACUCUUGCAAGUGCCUAAUCCGAGCAUCAGUCUUGCACAUCAAGGCAAGGGUUUUCUUGUUGCAAGUGAUAGAAUUAUUUGGCGCAUGAAAGGCUUACAUUACGAUGCACAAAUCGAUGCACUGGUUGAAGCCGACCAACUUGACGAGGCCAUUAGUCUGCUUGACAUUGUGGAAGAGACACUGAUCAAAGACAAGGAGGGCCGACUAAGAGAGAUCAAGAUGCAGAAGGCUCAAAGGCUGUUCGACGAAGGUAAAUUUCGUGAUGCCCUGGAGCUUUUUAGUGAUGUAUCUGCACCACCUGAACGUGUUAUCAGGUUGUACCCUCGGCUCAUCGCCGGUGAUAUGGCUACGGCCAGGCCACAAUCACCGCUUGAGCCCAGAAGUCCACAGAUGAACAGACCUGCAUCAAUUGCCAGCAAGUCGAGUAUAGAGAAGAUUAGGAAACAAGCUUCUGAUGUAGCAAACGUGCCUAGUGGCGUCAAGGAAAGCACAAAUGAAAAGGAGCUGAAAUCUGCAGUAAGAGAAUUGCAGGCGUUUCUAGCUGAUAUUCGCAGACGACUUCAGCGGUUCUUUGACCCAGAUCAAAACAUCAGACCACUAUCCGAGCUCGAGGAUGGCCCUCAAGCAGAAGACAACAAAAACGUCGUUGAACACAUUCUAGAAGUCAAGAAUAACGACGAAGCGCACGUUAAAGACAAACUCCUCGAAACCGCAAAAGUUGUGGACACGACGCUCUUCAGAGCUCACAUGUACAACAAUCCUGCAUUGGCUGGUUCGCUGUUCCGCAUCAAGAAUCACUGUGAUCCCGAAGUUGUUAUGAACAAAUUGGAAGAGACAGAACGAUACAGUGAACUGAUAGAUUUUCUGUAUGGUAAGCGCUUGCACAGAGAGGCGCUGGAGAGACUACAGCGAUUUGGCCAGUCAGACAGGACCGACGACAUCGAUCCACAGCUCCAUGGUCCGGACCGCACGGUCAGCUACUUGCAGAACCUGCCAGCCGAGCUAAUUGAUCUCAUUCUUGAGUUUGCGAAGUGGCCACUGGAAACAAAGCCUGAAGUAGGCAUGGAGAUUUUCAUGGCUGACACUGAGAACGCCGAGUCUUUACCACGCGACAAGGUGCUCGCCUUUCUGGAGUCGAUUAACAGGCGACAUGCGAUGCGAUAUCUGGAGCAUGUAGUGGAUGAACUCGACGAUACCACUCCAGAAUUGCAUCAGCAUCUGAUCGUUCUUUACUUGGACGAACUAAAGUCAAGAAACACCGAAGACAGAAGUGACGAAACGUUCCAAAAGCUUCUUACUCAUCUUCGACAAUCAACACAGUACUCGGCAGCCAAGACGCUGCCUAUGCUGCCACGAGACGACCCGCUGUUUUAUGAGGCUCUUGCCAUUGUAUACAGCAAGAUGGGCCAGCACAAACAAGCACUGCAAUUGUUCGUCUUCAAGCUCAAUGAUACCGCCAAAGCAGAAGAAUACUGCAAUCAGGUAUAUCUACAGGAGAAUUCAAACGCGAACCAGCGCACAGCAGCAGGCAGUUCUCAGAGAACGUCAACAGCACAAGCACAAACUGAAGACCCUAUCUCGGAAGCAUCUACGAUUUAUGCACUUUUGUUAUCGCUUUAUCUCUCCCCACCUCCCGCAACACCACCUGAUCAAGAAGAAAAACCACGAAUCGGAGACGCCCUGUCUCUGUUGGCAAGGCAUGGCCCACGUCUGCCAGCCUCAAACACUCUAUCCAUCAUACCUAAUGAACUGCUUGUGAAAGAGCUUGAGUCUUACCUGCGUGGCCGUAUACGGACAGCCAAUACAGGUAUGAAUGAUACUCGCAUGAUUUCGAAUCUACGCAAAGUCGAAGCCGUAAGAGUACAGGCUCGUUUGCUCCUGGGGAACGGUGAAGAUGGUGAUCCUGGUGCCAAGCUUGGCCCUAGUGAGCCCAUAAGUGAUGCAGCAGCAAAAGGUCGUAGGAGAAAGAUAGUCAUCAAUGAAGACAGGGUUUGCAGAGUAUGCCACAAGAGACUGGCAGGAAGCAUAAUCAGUGCGUUUCCUGAUGGCAGUGUAGUACACUUGAGCUGCCAAGUAAGACGUGAGCAGGAGCUCGGGUUCACCUCCUCAGCUCCGGUCACUGUCAGCUAA